AUGUCCGAUGCUUCUGUUUCUGGUGAAGAUGAGAUUUUAGAGAUGUUUUUUGAUGAAGGUUUUGUCCCUCAUGCCUUCGUAGACAUUUUACUUUCGAACGCUGCUAAUAAGGACAUAUCCCAAGUGCAAGCUACAUCCUCGUCACUAUUAUCACGAUUCGAUUUUUACACCAAAAAUUUGACUAAAGAAUUGGAAAUGACUAUUCAAAAGUUGGAAAAGCUGUCAGAAACUUUACCAGGUACUUGGACCGUUAAAAUGGAUGCCGCUGAUAAUGAUUCCACGUCAGUAUCUGCAGUGGGCUCAUCUAAACUGGAAUACUAUUUGGAUACACUUAGUAGUGCUGUAAGGGUUUUAGAAGGGGAUAUGGCAAAAAUUAAUGGUCAAUUGGACGAAUUAGAUAACAACUAUGAAUCGAGUAGCGAUAUCGUGAAUCAAUUAAGAAAUUUGGAGAAAAUUAAGACAAGGCUGCAUAAAGUACUAAAUUUGUUUAAUCAAAUUAAAACUAUCCUAACCAUAUCGACUGCUACUAAUGAUAAGAGUAAAACAAAUGUCAAGAAUGAGAAUGGGUCAUCAAUCACUGUCGGAGAAUUUAGAGAUUCGUUACAAACUUUAGAGGAAACCAUUAGUCAAUCAUUCACGGAAGCUACCAAUAAAGAAACUGUUAUGGAGAAAGAUGAGGAUCUCCUGAAAAGAAUUGAUCUUUUUACUGAAUUAAAACCAUUGUUUCAAGGUUUGCAUAAAUUUAAUCCUGUUUAUUCACAAUUUGUAGAUGGAAUUAGAAAGAGAACAAAUGAAUACCUAAGUGCUAAGGAUAUUGGUGGUGAAUUAAAUUAA